AUGUCUGCUUCUAAGGAAUCAAAAUACUCCACAGAAGUACUUUCUGAGUUGUUGAAAAACUUGCAAGUUGCCGACGACAAGGAUGCGGCUGCUAACAACAUUGCCACUUUUUUGAACUCUUCAAUUGUUGAACACGAUGUUCCAGCUGAAUUUUUCAGUGAUUUGAAGAAGGAAAUCAAAUCAAAGGAUGCUAAGGUUGCCGUUGCUGCUUUGGAUGCUUACAAGCACAUUGCAUCCCCAAACAACUUGACUCCAUCUGUUGAGCCAUAUGUUGUUGAAUUGGUUGGUGAAGUUGCUACCAGAGCUGGUGACAAGAGCAAGGAUGUCCAAACUGCUGCUUCUGCUGCAUUGUUGGCCAUUGCUGGUGCCAUCACCCCAACUGCAGUCAAAGCCAUUUUGCCAAAAUUGGUUGACAACUUGCAAGCCACCAACAAGUGGACUGAAAAAGUUGCCAUCUUGGCUGCUGUUUCUCAAUUGGUUGACACUGCCAAAGCUCAAGUUGCAUUGAGAAUGCCUGAAUUGAUUCCAGUCUUGUCCGAAACUAUGUGGGAUACCAAGAAGGAUGUCAAGGAAGCUGCCACUGCUACCAUGACCAAAUGUACCGAAACCAUUGACAAUAAGGAUAUCGAAAAGUUUAUUCCUAAAUUGAUUGAAUGUAUUGCCAAGCCAACAGAAGUUCCAGAAACCGUUCACUUGUUGGGUGCCACUACUUUUGUUUCCGAAGUUACCACUGCUACUUUGUCCAUCAUGGCUCCAUUGUUGUCCAGAGGUUUGGCUGAAAGAGACACUGCCAUCAAGCGUAAAGCAGCUGUUAUUGUUGAUAACAUGUGUAAGUUGGUUGACGAUCCACAAGUUGUUGCUCCAUUCUUGGACAAAUUGUUGCCAGCUUUGAAGUCCAACUUUGCUAACAUGGCUGAUCCAGAAGCCAGAGAUGUUACCAACAGAGCCCUCAACACUUUGAGAAGAGUUGGUGCCGUUGGUGAAGGUGACAAGUUGCCAGAAAUCUCCACUGCUGGUGACGUUGAAGUCACUUUGGGUGAAUUUGACAAGUUGGUUGCUGACAAGAAGAUUGCCAACAGAUUUGACGUUGCCAAAAACUAUAUUGCUGCUAUUGCCGGUGAUUUGGUAGAUGAAAGAGAAAUCCAACCAGAAGCUUGGUUGCAAAACGUUUUGCCAUUUGCUACUAUCUUUUUGCACGAAAAGGAAGCCAAGGAAAUCAUUGAGGAAUACAGAAAGAGAGCUAUUGACAACAUCCCACAACCACCAUCAUUCGAAGAUGAAGAAGACGAAGGUGAAGACUUGUGUAACUGUGAGUUCUCAUUGGCUUAUGGUGCUAAGAUCUUGUUGAACAAGACCCAAUUCAGAUUAAAGAGAAACAGAAGAUAUGGUUUGUGUGGUCCAAACGGUGCUGGUAAAUCCACCUUGAUGAGAGCUAUUGCCAACGGUCAAGUUGAAGGUUUCCCAAGUCAAGAUGAAUGUAAGACUGUUUACGUUGAACACGAUAUUGAUGGUACCCACGCCGAAACCACUGUUUCCCAAUUCGUUAUCGAAGACGGUGAAGUUGGUUUGACUGAACAAGUUGUUGAAGACAAGUUGAGAGAAUUCGGUUUCUCUGAUGAAAUGAUCAAGAUGCCAAUCCAAUCAUUGUCUGGUGGUUGGAAGAUGAAGUUGGCUUUGGCUAGAGCCGUCUUGAAGAAUGCCGAUAUCUUGUUGUUGGAUGAACCAACUAACCAUUUGGAUACCGUUAACGUUGCUUGGUUGGUUAACUACUUGCAAACAUGUGGUAUCACCUCUAUUAUUGUUUCCCACGAUUCUGGAUUCUUGGACAAGAUCUGUCAAUACAUUAUCCACUACGAAGGUUUCAAAUUGAGAAAAUACAAGGGUAACUUGUCAGAAUUCGUUAAGAAGUGUCCAUCAGCUCAAUCAUACUAUGAAUUGGGAGCUUCUGAUUUGGAAUUCAAAUUCCCAGAACCAGGUUUCUUGGAAGGUGUCAAGACCAAACAAAAGGCUAUUGUCAAGGUUUCCAACAUGACUUUCCAAUACCCAGGUACUUCCAAGCCACAAAUUAGAGACAUCAACUUCCAAUGUUCAUUGUCAUCGAGAAUUGCCGUCAUUGGUCCAAAUGGUGCUGGUAAAUCAACUUUGAUCAAUGUCUUGACUGGUGAAUUGUUGCCAACCGAGGGUGAAGUUUACGUACACGAAAACUGUCGUAUCGCAUACAUUAAGCAACACGCUUUUGCUCAUAUUGAUAACCACUUGGACAAGACUCCAUCUGAAUAUAUCCAAUGGAGAUUCCAAACUGGUGAAGAUAGAGAAACCAUGGACAGAGCUUCAAGACAAAUCAACGAAGAAGAUGAACAAAACAUGAACAAGAUUUUCAAGAUUGAAGGUACUCCAAGAAGAGUUGUUGGUAUCCACUCAAGAAGAAAGUUUAAGAACUCUUAUGAGUAUGAAGUUUCAUGGUCAUUGGGUGAAAACGUUGGUAUGAAGAAUGAAAGAUGGGUUCCAAUGAUGUCUGUUGACAACACUUGGUUGCCAAGAGGUGAAUUGAUGGAAACCCACGCCAAGUUGGUUGCUGAAGUUGAUAUGAAGGAAGCUUUGGCUUCUGGUCAAUUCAGACCAUUGACCAGAAAGGAAAUCGAAGAGCACUGUGCCAUGUUGGGAUUGGAUGCUGAAUUGGUUACCCACUCUAGAAUCAGAGGUUUGUCUGGUGGUCAAAAGGUUAAGUUGGUCUUGGCUGCUUGUACUUGGCAAAGACCCCACUUGAUUGUUUUGGAUGAACCAACCAACUAUUUGGAUAGAGACUCUUUGGGAGCUUUGUCCAAGGCUUUGAAGGCUUUCGAAGGUGGUAUUGUUAUCAUCACCCACUCUGCUGAAUUCACCAAGGAUUUGACUGAAGAAGUCUGGGCCGUUUUGGAUGGUAGAAUGACCCCAUCUGGUCACAACUGGGUCCAAGGUCAAGGUUCAGGUCCAAGAAUUGAGAAGAAGGAAGAUGAAGAAGAUAAAUUCGAUGCUAUGGGUAACAAGAUUGCUGCAGCUAAGAAGAAGACUAAGUUGAGUUCUGCCGAAUUGCGUAAGAAGAAGAAGGAAAGAAUGAAGAAGAAGAAGGAAUUGGGUGAUGCUUAUGUCUCUGAAGAUGAUGAAGAUUUCUAA